GUGAUUGGGAUAUUGAUGGCAGGCCGUUUGACGAUGCUAUUUAUAUUUCCUUUCAAUACCAGCUGCCCAAUCAGCGGUAUGUGAAAACGCCAAAGAUGCGUGUGGGUGCUCCAAAGAACACAACUGCCCAACUGCGGAGAUACCACAUCACUCACACACACACACUUGACACUCCGAGGGGAUGAGGACAUGGUGUGCCAAUUCUUUCAACGCUUCCCACAAUGGUUUCUGCCGUCGUCCUCAGUUCAUCUCGGCCUUCUCGGCUUGGAAUGAAUAUACAAGAAUAUAUACCACAGAAUCCGGCAAUCUGGAAGUCACGUUAGCAAAUUGCCAAUGCCCAAAUUCACUUUUGAUCUUCCAUCAUCUUGAGCUAAUGCGGGCUGCUCCAUCACAGAGGGGAAGAAGAUACUCACAAGAUCAGUCACAAAGAAGAUCCUAUCCGGAAACCGAAAGAGGUGCUGCAGGGAAAAACUAUCGGCGUUGUGUAACAGGGGACCUCUUUCAGCUCCCAAGCGAGACCGGAAGUUUCAAACGACUUGGCGCUCUCCUCCACGAAUCGCAGCUUUUUUUCUCCUGGUCGUGUUACCUAAACCACCCCCGUCUACCACGCAGAGCGCUCGCCAGUAUGGCAUUAUAGGCUUUGUACUGCCGUCACUCUUCAUGGCCCCCCCUUCGCAACCAUUAUCUAGCCAGAACCGGACAGCAGGGGGUGAAGAAAGGGUAGAGUCAUCCCUCACGUUGCACUACGGUGUGUGUGCCCGAAAUCGAAAGGCGGGAGGGGAGGCAACCAAUUGGCGCUAUGAGUGGCUUGACAAUGAG